GGAACCAAUGGGAUGCUCGAGAGGUAUGUUCCUGCAAAUGCAGAAAUGCCCACAUGCAGGAACGCCCCUAAUUUGCGUGCUGCAGUUGCACACCAGUACACUGGGUUGGAGAGGUGCUUGCUCACUCCCAGGAUAGCGCUGUUGAUUAGUCGAGCCUAAUUCUGGGCUGGACAGGAAACAGGAGACGCUUGGCGUGCCUCGCGCAACAAUCCUGGGAAAGAGAAUGAGGAUGGGAAUAUGUAUGUAUUUGCACGACGAGCGGUUAGUUAAAAAAAGAUGAGGACAACGGGCACUACAAUUAUUUCAACUGUUUCACAGAAGCGUGUUAUUUGGACCAUUAAGUUUUUGGAACAAAUACCGUGAUUACUGCGUUUGGUUUUCAUCAACCAUUGGUGGGAAUACAGAAGAGGAGCCGCUGUUAAAUCCCAGUUUGACUGACAUAAAAGCUUGGUCCUGACUGUUGCGUUGGCUUCAUUUGACUUUUUUGACCUGAGUGGGACAAAGGGAGAGAGACACCAGAGAUGGCGGAUAUGUCUGACGAUGAGCUGGACCAUGGGGCAGAGGAGGAGGACAGUGAUAAGGAAGACCAGGACCUGGACAAAAUGUUUGGAGCCUGGUUGGGAGAACUGGACAAACUCACACAGAGUCUGGAUGACGGGAAGCCACAGAAGUCGGUCCAGAAGGCCCCUCUCAGACAGGAAACAAACAUGGCUAACUUUUCGUACCGCUUCUCCAUGUACAACAUCAACGAGGCUUUGAACCAGACGACAGAGACCGUAGACCUGGAUGCCCUGAUGGCUGACCUGUGUUCCAUAGAACAGGAGCUCAGCACCAUCGGCAAGCCCAACACCGGCACCGCCCGCCAGGCUAAAUGUCAACAGCGAUGCUCGGGGGGUCGCAGCGCCAGUGUCAAGCAAACUGGCAGUGGUGGGGGGAGUAGCAGCGGGGGCAGCACCAGCAGUAGUACCCGGGCCUCACCGGCCUCCACCAUCCGAGGGGGCAGCUCCAACUCCCACGGGCGCCCGUCGGCAUCGAACCUCUCGCUGGACGACAUCACGGCCCAGUUGGAGCAGGCGUCACUCAGCAUGGACGAGGCGGCGCACCAGACUUCUUCCUCCUACUCCUCGACCACCCUCCGGCGCCCCUCGGCAGGUUCCUUGUCCUCGCAGCACCGGAGGACGGGCUCGGUGGGCACCGUUAGUGAACACGAGGCGGGGGGCCACUCCUCGAGGUCCAGCGUUAAUUCUGCAUCCGCGUCCAGCAUGGACUCUCUGGAUAUCGACAAGGUGCUGUCUAGGACAGUAGGAGGGCCCGAGCAGGACGGGGGUUCACAAGGCCCCCAGCCGCCACAAGGCCCGGCCAGUACUGAGCAUGCCUCACUACUGCGACGGGCCAAUGGUAAGCCGGCCAGACGGCAGCUUGACUUCACCUCACGGGAGGGUGAAGUGGAUCUGGACACUCACUCUUAUCUGGACAGAGAAACGUCCCUCAUUCUGAAAAGCAUUGCAGGAAAGCCUUCUCACCUGCUGACCAAGGAGGAGCAGGGGGCCAAAGUGAAGGCCGAGAAGAUCCGAGUGGCCCUGGAGAAAAUCAAGGAGGCGCAAGUCAAAAAGCUGGUGAUCCGGGUGCACAUGUCGGACGAGAGCUCCAAGACCGUGAUGGUGGAUGAGAGACAGACUGUCAGACAGGUGCUGGACAGCCUGCUGGACAAGUCCCACUGUGGCUACAGCCCCGACUGGGCACUGGUGGAGACCAUCAACGAGCUGCAAAUGGAGCGGAUCUUUGAGGACCAUGAGAACUUGGUGGAGAACCUACUGAAUUGGACCAGAGACAGCCAUAACAAACUGAUGUUCAUCGAGCGCAUCGAGAAAUAUGCCCUCUUCAAGAACCCCCAGAACUACUUGUUGGGGAGGAAGGAGACCUCUGAAAUGGCCGAUAGGAAUAAAGAGGCCCUACUGGAGGAGUGUUUCUGUGGCAGCUCGGUUUCAGUACCAGAAAUAGAGGGAAUCCUAUGGCUGAAGGAUGACGGGAAGAAGUCGUGGAAGAAACGAUACUUCCUGCUGCGCGCAUCAGGGAUCUACUACGUGCCCAAGGGCAAAGCUAAGGCCUCCAGGGACCUGGUAUGCUUUCUACAGCUGGACCACGUUAAUGUGUACUACGGCCAGGACUACCGCAGCAAGUACAAGGCCCCCACAGACUACUGCCUGGCCCUUAAGCACCCCCAGAUCCAGAAGAAGUCCCAGUACAUCAAGUAUCUGUGCUGUGAUGAUGUCAGGACCCUCCACCAAUGGUUCAACGGCAUUCGCAUCGCCAAGUACGGGAAACAGCUGUAUGUGAACUACCAGGAGGCUAUGAAACGCACGGAGGCGGCCUACGACUGGUCCUCCCUCUCCACCUCCAGCAUCCGCUCUGGCUCCAGCUCCGGGUCAGCCAGUCUGCCCGAGUCCCAGUCGAACCACUCGGGCCAGUCAGACAGUGGAGUGGACACGGCCUCCAGCCACGGGCGCUCCCAGAGCGUGGUCAGCUCCAUCUUCUCAGAGGCCUGGAAGAGAGGAACGCAGAUGGAGGAGAACACCAGGAUGAGGGAGUCCACCAGAGGUGCCACCCUCCCCCACCCUGUCCAUGCGCACCGCCAGACCCCACAACUGGAGCCCCCUGCGUCGGGUACGCCGCCACAACAGCAGCCGCCUCCCCAGUCUCGCAGCAGCUACACCCAUGCUGCACCCCCCCAGCCACAGGAGGGCACCUCCCCCCUGCUUCAACAGCAACUGCCCCCAGAUCCGCAGCGGUUACACCCAGUCCAUGUCCCCUCAGCCCUCCCCUCCGCCACCCCAACAGCUGCCCCCAACAGCUUCCCCCAGAUACGCAGCAGUUACGCCCAGGUCCUGCCUUCCCUGCCCGGCCAGCCCUCCCCUCCACCACCCCAACAGCUUCCCCCAGAUCCACAGCAGUUACACCCAUGUCCUGCCUCCCCAGCCCUUCCCUUCACCACCCCAACAGCUGCCCCCCAGAUCCGUAGUAGUUACACCCAGGUCUUGCCCUCUCUGCCCUCCCCUACCCCACCCCCCAGCCUACUCCUACACCACCCUCCCUGCCCCCCAACUUUCUCCACCAGCUCAACAGCUGCCCCCCACAUCCGUAGCAGUUACACCCAGGUCUUGCCCUACCUGCCGCCACAGCCCUCUCCUCCACCACCCCAACAGCUGUCCCCACAGCCCUGCAGCAGCUACAACCAAGCUGUACCCCCUCCUCCCCCGCCGCCCCCUCCCCCCGCCUCCUCCCCCGCCGCCCCUGCCUGCCAGCAGCACCCCCACCACUCGGGCCCCACCGUGUUCGCCAAGUACAGCACCAUCACCCGGCUGCAGAACCAGAACGCCGCCCACCAGGCCGCCAAUCUCCAUAGGGCGCAAAACAACCACCAGAGCCCACCAAGGGUGCUAGCUCAAGCCCCGCCUCCUCCCCAUCAGACGGCUGUCAAACCACUGGUCAACAACAUCAAUGUCCCUCCUCCCCCACCUCCCCCUCCCCCACCAUCCAUGCCUGCCCUGGGGUCGGCCAUGGCCGCACUCCGGCUCGGGCCCCCACCCCGGCUGUCGUGCCCCAGUUCAUCCCACCGCCGCCGCAGAGCAACGACAUCCCCCUCCUCCUCUUCACCCAGACACCAUGCCAGGUCUGUGCACAUCGCGCUACGGCGCCAACGCCCUCCAGCAGGCACUGGCCCAGAAGUUCCCCAGUGGUCCCCCCAGGGCCCCUCUCCCCCCACUGCCAGACUGGUCGAGUCGCCCCCGGCAACGCCUCCGCCUCCUCCCCAGCAGCUCUCGGUGCCGACACCCCUCCUCCUCCCCCACCACCUCCCCUCCUACCCCACCGCCUCCCCAGCAGGUCUCGGUGCCAACACCCCCUCCACCUCCUCCCCCUCCUACCCCACUGCCUCCCCAGCAGCUCUCGGUGCCGACACCCCCUCCUCCUCCCCCACCACCUCCCCCUCCUACCCCACCGCCUCCCCAGCAGCUCUCGGUGCAGACACCCCCUUUUCCUCCCCCACCUCCUCAGCAGCAGUACUCGCCCGCAGCUGCUCCCCCCUGCCCUACCCAAAACCUUCUCCCCAGGCUUUCUGCACCACCAUGGUGCCCGGAAGCCUCCCUACCCAGUUUCCUCUCUCCCUCCCACCCCACCUGCUGCCCCAACUCCUCCCCCACCACCGCCUCCGCCGGUGUCAAUGAAGAAGCAGCACAGCCUACAGAUAGGCCACACCCCCAACCAGCCCCCUCCCACAUUUCCCAAGCAGCACAGCCUCUCCAAGCCGCCACCCCUGUCCUUCACGGCUCCGCCCACCACCACCUCCCUGGUCAAACAGAUGGCAGGCCAGUUCCCAGGGUCCACACUGUCUACCAAUCACACUGAGAGCCCCAAA